CCCACAUCUACUACUGCCGCUCGCCCAACAUGGAGGUCUUCACCUGCUGGUGGCAUCCCCUUGACAACAACUCCGAGAGUGACGACAACGUCACCUACAGCCUCACCUACUCCUUAGAAAAGGGGCCGAGGCGUGAGUGUCCAGACUAUGUAACGGGCGGCCCCAACAGUUGUCACUUUGACAGCGGCCACACAUCCAUCUGGACCAGAUACUGCAUGAACGUGAUGGCCAGGACCUCCCACGGAGUGUUCAGCUCCAAGGACCACUGUCUGGACGUGGCUGAUAUAGGUACAGCGAGAUAUAAAUCACUGUCUGGGUGUGGCUGAUGAUAUAGGUAGAGGGUGAUAUAGUUCACUGUCGAGAUGGGGCUGAUAUAGGUACAGGGUGAUAUAGACCACUGUCUGGAUGUAGCUGAUAUAGGUACAAGGUGAUAUAGACCACUGCCUGGAUGUGGCUGAUAUAGGUACAGGGUGAUAUAGACCACUGUCUGGAUGUGGAUGAUAUAGGUACAGGGUGAUAUAGACCACUGUCUGGAUGUGGAUGAUAUAGGUACAGGGUGAUAUAGACCACUGUCUGAAUGUGGAUGAUAUAGGUACAGGAUGAUAUAGACUACUGUCUGGAUGUGGAUGAUAUAGGUACAGGGUGAUAUAGACUACUGUCUGGAUGUGGAUGAUAUAGGUACAGGGUGAUAUAGUCCACUGUCAGGAUGUGGAUGAUAUAGGUACAGGGUGAUAUAGACCACUGUCUGGGUGUGGAUGAUAUAGGUACAGGGUGAUAUAGACCACUGUCUGGAUGUGGAUGAUAUAGGUACAGGGUGAUAUAGACCAGUGGUUCCCAAACUGGGUGAAAUUUGGGAAGUACAUCAUCAGUUCCUCUUAUCAUGUUCGUCAUUACAUAACUUAGAGAGCUAUUUAUAACUUGUCAGAAAUAUCCAGCUCAACUAG